AUGUCCGGAGGUUCUUCUAGCUUAGGUAAUGUUUCCCGAAUUUCUGCCCUCAUUGUUGAUGAUGACCCUGUCAUCCGCAAACUUCACUCUGCAAUGUUGAAGUCACUUGGAAUUCAAUUUCAACUCGCCGUGAAUGGGAAGGAAGCUGUUGAUCUUUAUCGUUCUGGGGCAAAUAUUCAUAUCGUGUUUAUGGAUAUGGAAAUGCCCGUGAUGAAUGGAAUGGAGGCUACGAAGGAGCUGCGAGCGAUGGGUGUGAGCAGUAUAAUCGUGGGUGUGAGCUCUCGCUGUUCGGAUGAGGAGAGGGAGGAGUUUAUUUCGGCCGGUUUAGACCAUUGCUAUGCCAAGCCAUUGACCGUGGCUAAGAUAAAGUCUCUUCUUGAAGGGAUAAAGUAUUGA